AAUAUAUGUGUUUCAUUCUUUCUGCUAUAGCCUGCCGGUAAAGGUAUAGACAAAAUCUUCGACGUUUUCAUACUCGUUCGCUCGAUUCGACCGCGACGUCCAUUUUUCUGAGUCUAGUACAGCAAAUUACAGUUUCAUCAUGUCUAUGCUUUCUGUCCGUUUGGCCGCCCAAGUGGCUCGCCAGCUCCCGAGAACUGCUAGCAAGAUUGCUAAGAUUGCUGUGCCAGCGGCUCAGGUUGCAGCCCGGAAUCUGCAUGCGUCUAGCGUUAAUCGCGGAGCAGAAAUUUCGUCAAUCCUAGAGGAGAGGAUUCUUGGCUCAGCCCCGAAGGCAGAUUUGGAAGAAACUGGACGUGUGUUGAGUAUCGGUGACGGUAUCGCUCGUGUGUAUGGCCUCAAAAAUAUCCAGGCCGAUGAAAUGGUGGAGUUUUCUUCUGGCCUUAAAGGAAUGGCUUUGAAUUUGGAGCCGGAUAACGUUGGUGUUGUCGUUUUCGGUAACGACAAACUUAUUAAAGAAGGCGAUAUCGUCAAGCGUACUGGUGCUAUCGUUGACGUACCCGUCGGAGACGAACUUUUGGGUCGUGUGGUUGAUGCUCUGGGAAACGCUAUUGAUGGUAAAGGCGAAAUUAAAACGGGACAGCGUUUCCGUGUUGGUGUUAAAGCUCCGGGUAUCAUCCCUCGAGUGUCUGUGCGUGAGCCUAUGCAGACCGGUAUUAAAGCCGUAGACUCGUUGGUGCCGAUUGGUCGUGGACAGCGUGAGCUUAUCAUUGGUGACAGACAGACUGGUAAAACCGCAUUAGCUAUCGAUACCAUUAUAAACCAAAAGCGCUUCAAUGACGGAACGGAUGAGUCGAAAAAAUUGUACUGCAUAUACGUUGCUAUUGGUCAGAAGCGUUCUACUGUUGCGCAGAUCGUGAAACGCCUUACUGAUGCCGGUGCUAUGAAGUACACCAUUAUUGUAUCGGCAACUGCCUCCGAUGCUGCCCCUCUGCAGUAUUUGGCACCGUACUCCGGUUGCGCUAUGGGUGAAUAUUUCCGCGACAACGGAAAGCACGCGCUCAUCAUCUAUGACGAUUUGUCCAAACAGGCUGUUGCUUAUCGUCAAAUGUCGCUUUUGCUACGUCGUCCCCCAGGCCGAGAGGCUUAUCCUGGUGAUGUAUUCUAUCUUCACUCGCGUCUGUUGGAGCGCGCGGCUAAGAUGAACCCAACUCUAGGUGGUGGCUCGCUUACUGCUCUCCCCGUUAUUGAAACACAGGCGGGUGAUGUGUCCGCUUACAUUCCAACCAAUGUCAUUUCAAUCACUGACGGACAAAUCUUCUUGGAAACUGAGUUGUUCUAUAAGGGUAUUCGGCCAGCCAUUAAUGUCGGUUUGUCCGUGUCACGUGUCGGUUCAGCUGCUCAGACCAAAGCUAUGAAGCAGGUCGCCGGUUCCAUGAAGUUGGAGUUGGCUCAAUAUCGUGAGGUAGCUGCUUUUGCUCAGUUUGGUUCUGAUCUUGACGCUGCAACCCAGCAGCUAUUGAAUCGUGGCGUUCGUCUGACUGAAUUGCUGAAACAGGGUCAGUAUGUACCUAUGGCCAUUGAAGAACAGGUUGCUGUUAUCUACUGUGGCGUGCGAGGUUUUCUUGACAAGAUGGAUCCUGGUAAGAUCACCAACUUUGAGAGAGAAUUCUUGGCACACGUCAAGACCAAUGAGAAAGCUCUGUUGAGUCAAAUUGCUUCAGAAGGUAAAAUCUCAGAUGAAACUGAAGCAAAACUAAAGGGCAUCGUGACUAACUUCAUGGCCACAUUCAGCGGUUAACAUGUUGAAAAGCUAGAUGCUUAAGAAAUCAGCAUUGUUUACGCGCCGUCUAGUCGCUAGCUUUAUUUUAGUGACUGAACGAGUUUCCAUCAGCGACAAAAAUAUUACAUCCUUUAGUCAGAUCAAUCUUGGCAUGAAAUGAAAUGAGAUGGAAUUAUUACGAUACCAGCAUCAAGAAGUAACGAGAAAGUAAAAUUUUAGAAUGGAUACUUAGGUGAAAAAUACGUCGAAAUAUAUAAAACAGUGACUCUUAAAAUCGCAUUAGAUUGUCCUGCAGAAAUAACAUCUGAAUGUCAAAUACAGUAUAAAACCAA